GUAUCUGUGUUUAUGACAUCGUACUAUACUUUCUGCACUUAAAAUGAAAUCAGUAUUAAGCUUGUUUUUUGUCACUGCACUGAAUUGUACUAAUACUUUCACUUUCACUAAACUUUGAAUGUAAUUAUUUCAUUUUAAGUACAACGAACGUAUAUACAUUAGUUCAAUUAAACAGAUCUAUAAUUAGAUGUUGAAGGAAAGAAUGAAUUGGAAGUUUAAUUACAAAGAACAAAUAUUUUUUUAAGUCUGUUGAAUUGUUUUAAUACAUAUGUUUUAUAUGUGUAUAGUCAUGUACAUACACAUAUAAACAGAAAAUAUCUAUUUAGUGGUUUGUCAUUAUCUGCUUCUCAUAAACAACAAUGGCGUGGUCAAAUUAUCAACGUACUUUAGCUAUACUUCAAAUAGUUACUGGCUCAUUUAAUACUUUAUCAGUUAAAUAUGCAGAUAAACAAGUUGUACUUGGUGAAGAUGGACAACUUAGACAUUUCAAUCAUCCUUUUAUGCAAUCAUCAUUUAUGUUUUUUGGAGAGGCUCUUUGUUUCUUAGCGUUUAAAAUCUUCUACUAUUAUUAUAAUCAACGAGGUGAUGGCUCUGUAGAUACUAAUGUACUCACUAAGGGUUCAAGGAUUUUUAAUCCUUUUAUUUUAUUGAUACCUGCACUGUGUGAUAUGUUUGCAACAUCCAUAAUGUACAUCGGCUUGAAUAUGACUUAUGCAAGUAGUUUUCAAAUGUUGCGUGGAUCAGUAAUUGUUUUUACAGGAAUGUUUUCUAUUGGAUUUCUUAAUAGAAAAUUGGGAGUAAGAGAAUGGAUAGGCAUCGGUUUUGUCAUAAUUGGUUUAGCAUUUGUUGGUGUUAGUGACAUAUUAACAAUGGAAAACAGUGAUAUCAGUGCAAAUUCUAUAAUCACUGGGGACUUACUUAUUAUAUUUGCUCAGGUAAUAACAGCUGUUCAAAUGGUUGUCGAAGAGAAGUAUGUGGGACAGCAGGAUAUUCCUGCAUUACAAGCAAUUGGAUGGGAAGGUAUUUUUGGAUUUAUUGGUAUUUCUAUUGCAAUAAUUCCUCUCAAUUACAUUACUGCGCCACCGCCUUUUGCGGAUAAUUCACGUGGUACACUUGAAGCCACUGUAGAAGCUCUCAUCCAAAUAGCAAACAAUAACAAAUUAUUAAUAGCUGUUAUUGGUAUAUCAUUUAGUAUUGCUUUUUUUAAUUUUGCUGGUAUUAGCGUUACUAAGGAAAUGAGUGCUACAACGAGAAUGAUUUUAGACAGUGUUCGUACAAUUGUGAUAUGGGUAUUUUCUUUGGCAUUUCAAUGGCAAGUUUUUCAUUAUAUGCAGCUCAUUGGUUUUGUAAUUCUUUUAAUUGGUAUGGCAUGUUACAACAAUAUUGUUAUUCCACAAUUAAUUAGAUCGGAAGA